UCAAAACGAUCUUGAAGAAGAAUAAGAAAAAGAAAAAAGAGGGGGGCGUCCGGAGUUUGUUUACGGCAAUUCUGUCACGAUGAGCGAGUCUGACAAGGCGGGGAAGCCCACUGAGGGAUAUGAAGCUGAAAGUGCACAGCUAGAGGAGUGGGAUGCUGUGGCAGAAGCGAAGCUGGUCCGGAGGAUGGAUCUGUUCCUCCUGCCGGUCGUGAUGCUGCUCUAUCUGCUCAGUUUCCUUGACAGAGUCAACAUCGGCAAUGCGCGUCUCUACAAGAUGGAAGCCGACCUCGGUCUGGUCGGCAACCAGUACCAGGUCGCCGUCUCCAUCCUCUUCGUGACGUACAUCCUCUCGGAGCUGCCGUCGAACCUGGUGCUCAAGAAGCUGCGUCCGUCGCGGUGGAUUGCCUUCAUCACGACGGCAUGGGGCAUCAUCGCCACGCUGACCGGCAUCGCGCAGAAUUACGGCGGGCUGCUCGCCUGCCGACUGCUGCUCGGCGCCGUCGAGGGCGGCUUGUUCCCGGGGAUGGCCAUUUACCUGACCUUUUUCUACACGAAGCGGGAGCUUGCGUUGCGCAUCGGCUAUCUCUUCGUGUCGGCGGCGCUGGCCGGCGCCUGCGGCGGCUUGCUUGCCUUUGCCAUCGGGCACAUGCAGGGCGUGGCGGGCCAGAACGGAUGGCGCUGGAUCAUGAUCAUCGAGGGCCUGCCGACCGUGUGUCUGGGCAUCGCCUCGUGGUGGCUGCUGCCCGACGAGCCGGAGACGGCCUACUUCCUGGACGGCCCGCAGCGCGCCAUGGCCGCGGCGCGGCUGAGGCGCCAGACCGGCUACACGGCCAACGCCGCCGAGUUCCACUGGCAAGACGUCCGCGCCGCGCUCGGCGACUGGAAGGUCUGGGCCUUCGCGCUCGCCCAGUUCGGCAGCGACACCAUGCUGUACGGCUACUCGACCUUCCUGCCGACCAUCAUCCGCGGCAUCAACCCGGACGCGUCCGCCGCGCUCGUGCAGGUGCUCACCAUCCCGUGCUACGCCCUCGGCGCCGUCACCUAUCUGGUCGUGGCCAGGAUCUCCGAUCGCACGCAGAAGCGCGGCAUGUACGCCGUCCUCCUGGGCCUGGUCAGCAUCGUCGGCUAUGCGAUGCUGAUCAGCGACGUGGGCUCGGGCGCUCACUACGCCGGCUGCUUCCUGGUCGCCAUGGGCCUGUAUGUCUGCGUGGGCCUGCCGUUGGCGUGGCUGCCGACGAACUGUCCUCGGUACGGCAAGAGGACGACGGCGACGGGGUUGCAGUUGACGAUUGGGAACUGCAGCGGGAUCAUGGCUAGUUACCUCUACCCACUAGAGCAAGGACCCAGAUACAUCCGAGGCCAUGCAGUUACUAUGGCUAUGGUCGCCUGGGCCUGUCUGGUCUAUGUCGUGCUGUGGUUCUCCUAUUCCAGGGCCAAUGCGAAGAGGCGACGAGGCGACGAGGACCACAAAACGGAGGGCAUAUCCGACGAUGAGAUUGCAGAACUGGGAGAUGAAAGCCCCAGAUUUGUGUACACUAUCUGAGAGGGAUAGUCGGUAGCGUCACUGUCGAGGGAAUCCUCAGCAGAACAGGAUUCUGUUUGCUGCGGCUUCAACUUGUCCAGGCAUUGCCCAUGUUCUAGGCCCAGCGACACUCCAUCAGCUGCUUUCGCAAUUCACGGUCCGUCCUUUCUUACAGACUCCAGUGUUUGAGUACCGCACAGAAGAGUGGAUAAGGGAUGUAGGAGGCAAAGCGAAAACAGGGCUUCAUUUCCUACGAGAAAGCCGCCGCCGCGGCGAACCCAAGCCAAAAUCCACGCCGCAGUUUCCAUC